AUGGAGGCUGCCGUGGAGGACGGUGUCAACGUGCACACGCCGGCCGUCUCCGCCGGCGUCGAUGGCGGCGACCUCGCGGCCUACUUCAAGGACGACAUGGCCGCGGGCGCCUACAGCGCCAUGGAGAAGGACGUCUUCCUCGCAUGCUCCGCCGGAAACAAGGGGCGCCCGGGCAUAGGCACGCUGGCCAACGGCGCGCCGUGGCUCAUGUAUGGGGAGUCCGACGCGAACCCGAUGGCCAUCAUAUCGCCCGGCGUGACGCUGACGGGCGUCCAGCCGGCGCCCGUGGUCGUCGGCUUCUCGUCGCGGGGUCCGAGCCUCGUGUCGUCGGCCGGAGUGCUGAAGCCGGACGUGAUCGUCAACCCUGGUGCCGCCGCUAAGCCAAAGGGACGUCUUGUGGCGAGAGCAGACACAGGCGCCGGAGGCGCGCCCCGGCCCUGUGGCGAUGGAGGUAAUCCGAUCCAAUGCUUAGUUAGAGUGGAACUGCUCGACAAGCAUGGCCUUUGA